UCCGUGGUUCAGUUUCUGUUCUAGUAACAAUAAUAAAUAAUUGAUUAUCUCGCUGUAACUGAGUACCCUUGACUUAGCAUUGAAUUGUUUCGUUGAAGUGAUUCUUUACUUAAUUAAUCGUUAAUUGGCGGGCAAUCUACGUUUAAACGUCUAGUUAACGCCCUGUGAUGUAACCGGAAGCCGGAAUUUGGUAAUGGGUGGGUGUUUACUGACAUACGGAUCCCGGCUAGGGGGGACGGGUAUGGCGAGGAGCUAGAAGGGGACAUGACUCCGGAGGAAUAUGAUGAGAUGUUGAGGCAGGCCAGAUUCAGUCUCAUUUUCCCAGGUACAAAAUGGUGCGGUCCGGGCAACUCGGCGGACGGAUUCGAAGACCUCGGCAGUGAGAGAGAGACAGACGCGUGCUGUCGCGAACACGACCACUGCCCCGACUCCAUGGAGGCUGGAGAGAAGAAACACAACCUCACCAACACGGCGUAUUAUACCAGGUUGCAUUGCGACUGUGACGAGAGGUUCCAGCGCUGCCUGCACUCCGCCAACACCACGUCGGCCGGCCAGGUGGGCUCCGUGUACUUCAACGUCAUCGGCACCAAGUGCUACAGAUACGACUACCCCAUCGUCCGGUGUGCGAAGAAAAGCGGAUGGCUACGGAGAAAAUGCAUCAAAUACGAAUUCAAUGAAAAUGGCCAGAAACUCUACCAGUGGUUCGACGUUCCUAAUUAUUAAUCAUUAAACUAACAUUUUAUUUAUAAAAAUAAAUUAAUAGUUUAUUUAUAAUUAUAACGUACAAGAAGCUGAGUGAGAGUGAACAAUAUAUAUGUAUGAAUGAAUACUGUACUGGUGAAUGACAUGUGAUGUAAUAAUCUUGAUGUGAUAUUAAACUAAAAUUAAGGUUGCAACAGUAUUA